AUGUGUAUGAAGACUGUCCAACCUAGUAGACAAUGGCAAAAUGGGGUUGCAGAUAUUUUAAUUAAGGGUGUGAAGCUAGCCACUUUUCUUGCCAUUACAAUGAUUGUACUCAUGGCCUUCACCAGUUCUGGAACGAUGGCUCAGGAGUUUGAGGCAGCACCAGCACCAUCACCAUCAAUGCAGAGCGCUGGAAUUGCAUUGCAAGUUCCUGCUUUACUUGCAGCCAUCGUGUCUUUGGUGACUUGCCUCUUCUAA